AUGCGCAGGAAAUGGAUGGAGACCGUCGACACAACAUUUGCAGACCGGAUAUGUCUACUUCUCUGCCUGAACACCGGACUAUGUGAUAGCUGCGCUUUCAAUGCAUGGUCGUGUUUCCUUGCAAUGCAAACAGGAAACACCAUCGUGCUCGGACUAGGAGCCUCCUCGCAACCACUCGGAGCGCCUAAUGGAUGGGCUCGAUCACUCGUCUCGAUCGCUGGUUUUCUCGUUGGCGCUAUCACCUUUGCCCGAUGCACAAAAGCGCUUGGAGCCCGUCGUCGUGGCACGCUAUUCCUCUCAUUUGCCUUCCAGGCCUUAUUGAUCGUCAUUGCCGCCAUCCUCCUUCAAACGGAUGCUAUUCAACACCAGAAUGGGCGAACAAUUACCUUGGAGAAGCCCCUUAUGUGCCUAAUUCCUAUUGCGCUGCUAGCGUUCCAAUCUGCCGGUUCUAUUAAUUCUACUCGUAUGCUUGGAUUCAAUGAGAUCCCUGGAGUGGUUUUGACCAGUGUCUACUACGAUAUCGCCUCCGACCCUGGUCUAUUCGAGGGCUUCAAUCGCAACGCGAAGCGCAAUCGACGGUUGGGUGGGGUUGUGAUGCUCCUUAUUGGGGCCAUUGUGGGAGGAUGGCUGAGCCGCACUCAUGGAGGCAUGGCGUGUGUUUUAUGGGUCGCCGCUGCCCUGAAAUUCGGAGUAGGAGUCGGGUGGUUAUUCUGGACCCCGGCUUGA